GGUUUUUCACCAACGGGUGGCCUCGCAUCAUCAAGCAUUCUGAACAACUCACCAAAAUACUACAUUGGCACUCUUUCGUCUUACUUCGACCCAGUCCUGACCAACCUUUCCUCGAGCCAAUUCAUGAAAUGUUAUCACGCUGAGACAGAUGGCUGGGAUUCAACAACAUUCCAUUCGAAAUGUGAUGGAAAGGGACCCACUGUUUCCAUUAUUCAAGUCAGUAACUACACAUUUGGUGGACACACCGACGUGUCCUGGCAAAGUAUGCAUUUCUUGUCAGUUACUUAUUAUUCCCCGGGGAGGGGGUGGCUAGAUAAAUAAUAUCCUCUAUUUGGCACGGAAGUAUGCACGGAUAUUUUCCGCCGGCAUUGUGUGUUCCAAGAUUCUCAAAAUUUCUCUAGAGCGAAUCUCCAGGAAAACUGUGAGCGAGGAACAGUCGUGCCAAAUAGAAGCUCUUGUGUUUAUCAUCCUUCAAGUAUUUUACAACGCGCGUGAAAAGAUGUUCACGAAUGGCUUGUUAUUUGCUGCCUGAUUUCUUAGAAAACUUUAUGAAUAAAAUAAUAUUUACCUUUUUCUUUAACAACCCUAAAGCGCUCUCUCAUCUUGAAUUAAUUUUUUAAUAAAGACAUAAUAAUGGUAAAAAUUGGUGAAUAUCACGUGGGUGAUAUCCUCGGAUAUUCCCCAGGUUUAUCUGAGAAAUAUUUGGUCAUGUGAUAGUUUUAGACCAAUCGCGCGCGAACAAAAAUAUUUCAUUGAUCAUAAUGGUGGAUAUUAACCGAGCUGUAAAGCGGCGAGGUAAUAUCCACUGCCAGCCACCGACACUGCAGUGAAUAGUUGUUCUAGUAUACACUGAAACAGCGAGACGAUGCAGCACAAAAUAUGAUUUUAAUUUAUGUAUUCCUGCAACAAGUACAACAUUUUCGCACGCAAAUCCCGCACAAAUUGCUUGGAGGUGAAUAGCAUAGGCUACUCGGAGUUUGAGUAGCCAAGCAGAGCGCAUUUUCAACGCUAUCCACUGCUUUAGUAGAUACUUAUGGGUGUUGUGAGAGGUAUGUAGUUUCCUCUGUUAUAUAGCGCUAGUGGGACGGCGGGCAUAGUCAAGUAGUGUCAAAUAUUGAUGGAAUCAGAAAUGUUUCGUGAAAAGCAUAAUUAUUCAAUCAGCCUUAAUCCUUUUAAAUAGCUAAAAACAAAAUGGUGGAUGACAUGGGAUGGAGUCCGAAAACUAAAGGCCAAGAAGAGGCCCGGCAAGGAAAGGUAGAGUUUAGCAAAAUCUAAAUUUGAAGAAUUCGGCAGCUUUGGUGGAAGCUAGAGUGAUUGUGUCUCUGUUAUAAAAUCUUAUGGCGAGGAGAUUUCCAAAAUGCGAUUGACGCAACUACAAGAACUAAGAUUAAAAGUCUUUUAAGACCUGAAGCACUCUUUAAUGGCCGAUGCAAACAGAGGAAAAUUAUGCACAGCUUAAAAUAAAAGAGUUGCACAACAAACAAUCUUUAACAAAUUACUAUCGAAGCAAUUACGAAGAAGACAAAGGAAGUGAAUUCCGAUCAAUUUCAAGAUAAAAAAAAAACCUAAGUUGUUAUUUAUUUACAGUUCAGAAAGACGCAAUGACCAAAGUUAAUGCUCCUGGAAAAGAUGGAGGAGGUUGGGGAGGAGCAUUAUCGCUCCAUGAGUAAACUGCAAUGACCCUCAAGACACAUUGUCAACCUUCUCAUAUAAUUGGGCUUUCCUCUAACAAAUUUCUCUGGCUGCAGGUUCUUGUGGGUACACAGCGGCUGCCAAAGCCUUCAUUUUCUCGCUGUACAAGGUGCAUGGUUACAAACCUGUUAAACUAGCUCAGUACUGGUAUCAGGGAUGUGCAAUCUACAGCUGCAGUAGUUAUGGAAGAACGUUUGGGAGUUAU